ACUGUACAACAUGGCAGGGGCCCUGGGGGCUGAAGAAUGACACUUUCCUGCAUUGGUCUCAGUAAAAUCUGCUUCCUGCUGUCUGUGACCUUCUGUGCUUUCCUUCUCUUGCUAAUCCCCAAAUUCCAGACUACCUGGAGACAUAGGGGCUAUCCACAACCCCGUCCACCACCUCCUUUUAAUGCUUCCUGCAAAAGUGAGUUCCACCACCCGCAGGCAGAGCCCAGCUCAACAGGCCAUUUGGACAGUGAAGGAAUUGAUAUUACACACAGUGUGAAAGAUGAAACUGUAGAAAAAUGGGGGGAUUACAGCCUACGGGCUGGGGGAUCCAGCCUGAAACUUGAGGAGCAGGAUGGGAGCCCCACCAGUCCUCUUCAAACUAUGUUGAAGGACCAUCGUGGACCUGCAGGUGAUUCCAUUAAGGAGAAUCUGGAGCCGAAGGAUAUUUUUAUUGCUGUGAAAACUACAAGAAAGUAUCAUAAAAAUAGGCUGGACUUGCUCUUCCAAACCUGGAUUUCGCAGGCCAAAAGACAGACGUUUAUAUUCACGGAUUGGGAAGACCGUGAACUGCGCCUAAGAGCAGGAGAUCACAUGAUCAACACCAACUGCUCUGCUGUUCACACCCGCCAGGCACUCUGCUGCAAGAUGUCUGUGGAAUACGAUAAAUUCCUCGAAUCUGGGAGAAAAUGGUUUUGCCAUGUGGAUGAUGACAACUAUGUGAAUCCACAGAAUCUCCUGCGCCUCUUGUCUGCCUUCUCACACAGCCAGGAUGUAUAUGUGGGGAGGCCAAGCCUGGACCACCCCAUUGAGGCAGCUGACCAUGUCCGGAGUGAUGGAUCAUCAACCGUGAAGUUCUGGUUUGCCACAGGUGGAGCAGGGUUCUGUAUCAGCAGGGGUCUUGCCCUGAAGAUGAGUCCCUGGGCCAGCUUGGGUAACUUCAUCAGUACUGCAGAGAGGGUACGUCUUCCUGAUGACUGCACCAUUGGUUACAUCAUCGAGGGGCUGCUGGAGGUGAAGCUGCUGCACAGCCCCUUGUUCCAUUCCCAUCUGGAAAAUCUGCAGAGACUACGAGGCGAGUCAGUGCUGCAGCAGGUCACUCUGAGUUAUGGGGGCCCUGAGAACAAACACAAUGUUGUGAGUGUGGCAGGAGUGUUUGGCUUGCAGCAAGAUCCAACCCGAUUCAGAUCUCUCCAUUGUCUUCUCUAUCCUGACACUACCUGGUGUCCCACUAAAAAUCUACUGUGACCUCAGACCUAACCUUGACAUUUGGUAUCUUACCUGCACAAGAUUGGACAGGGUGCUUUUCUUGGAGAUGAAC